AGUACAUGGUUAAUCGGUAUAGCCGUCAAAGUUUAUCCCAUAUUAAUGUAUUGUUCACUGUCAAAAUAAUUUAUUAGUUGAUAUAUUUAUUUGAAUAGGAUGUAUAAUAUGUUUUCAUACAUAUUAUUCAAUCGUUAAUAGAAUUGGAGUGCUAAAUAUACCUUAAAUGCAUUCAUCUCUUUUAGAUCUCGACAUAAUUCAUUCUCCGUUCAGGGUUAAUUCAAUGAGCGCACUGCCAGGUACUGCAUGUUCGUAAGAAACGUGUCAAACGGCAUUCGCCAGUAGCUCGUGCAAGAUGAUAGACAAAAAGGAUAGUUUACUUCUUUUGACGCUGAUAAGUUUUUUCGUCGUAAUAUCUGCGACGGAAUACAAUUGUGACUGUGAAGAACAUUCGGAAACUGAAGAGGAUGGAGCUUAUCGAUUCUUACACUACACCAAGCCUCUGCGUUAUCAAAUUUACAUAGAUCCUUGUAUAAGUGAUGGGAAUUUUAGUGGCUACGUUCACAUAGAUCUACUCGUACUGAAACCAACAAAAAACGUGUCAUUGCAUUCACAAGAUCUGGAAUUUUGUGAAGAAGGCGUUUACCUCACGUUGAAAGGAAGUCUGAACGAAAGUCUCGAAGUUUUGAAGCCUGUAACAAACUCUGAACACAGUGCGAAAUCAUUUCAGGACUCGGAUGAAAUGAUAAAUGACUCAUCUGAAACUGUUAAGCCUAGUGGAUACGUGUACCAUAAAAAGGAGCAAACAGUCACUAUGCAAUUCGAAGAGUUCUUGUUGCCCGGAACUUAUUCCCUUGAAAUAAACUAUAUAGGUACCAUUCAUUCAAAUCCUGUAGGUAUUUACCGAAGAACGUACAAAGAUCUCGACGGGGAAAAUAGAGUUAUGCUAUUGACAAAUUUUUUCCCCACAUCGGCUCGUCGAAUUUUUCCAUGUCGAGAUGAGCCUGAGGCAAAAGCGGAAAUCUACUUUACUAUGCAAACCUCAUUAAACUAUACGACUAUUAUGGCGAACGCGCCAGAAAACUACGUUGAAUAUAAAGAAGGACAAAGGUGGAUGCAUUACCACCCUAUAGCGAAUUAUUCGACUUAUCAACUGAAUUUUGCAGUACUAAGUAACCUGAAAAAUGUGACGAACUUUGAUGGAAAAAGAACUUACGUAAUAUACAGUGUGAAUUCUGAUUUGAAAUCAGUAAAAAUUUCACAAGAUAUUUAUGAAAAAACAUUGCCAAUAAUGGAGAAUUACACAAACACGCCGUAUCCUUUGGAUAGUUUCAUCAAUCUUAUGUUAUCCGAUAGUACAAAUGCUACAUCUUCCGCUAGUUUGGGCUUUAUCACGACUAAAAAAUCUACUACUGUGUACCAUGAACGAUCUGGACCUCACAAGAAGAAAGACAUAGUUUUACAAGCUUCACGAGAUAUCGCUAGUCAAUGGUUUAACCAGCUAAUAAGUCCUGUGUCUUGGAAGUAUAUGUGGCUGAAUGAAGGUCUUACUGAAUAUAUGAAAUACUAUUUAGCGGAUAAAGUCUUGCCAAAUUGGAGAUUGAAAGAAAAUUUUGUCGUCUGGGAGCUGCAACGAAGAUCGUUUAUCCCAAAUCGAAUUUCGGACGCCCCAGCGCUAAACAAAAAUGCGUCUGAGAAUCUAAAAGAUGUUCAAUACUUACCUAAUCAAUCAUCUACCUCAAUGGGAGCAUCCUUGAUAAGAAUGAUGUCCCACUUUCUCUCAGAAAACGUUUUUCAAGCAGGGAUAAGAAAUUUUUUCAAAACCAAUAAACAUAGAUCUAUUGAACCGAACCACUUUUGGAAGGCCAUUCAAGAAGCCAUCGACGAUUCAAAAGAUAAAAGAUUAGUAAAUAUCAGCAUAUCUGAAAUAAUGUCAACAUGGACGAAUACAGAGUUCUAUCCUGUAAUAAAGGUUUCGAGAAACUAUACCACUGGUUUGAUAACAGUUUCUCAAACACCAGCUGUCAAAUUCUUUGGAUUGACUGAGAAAAACGUGACGGAGAAGUGGUGGAUCCCGCUGAACUAUGCGACAAAGACUAAUCCAAAUUUUAAUAACACCUUUCCAAGCCACUGGUUGAAACCCAGUGUCGAAGCAUUGGAAAUCGAAGGCGUGCAUAGCGAAGAUUGGGUUAUUUUUAAUAUUCAACAAACAGGUUACUAUCGCGUCUUAUACGACGAGGAGAAUUGGAAACGUUUGGCACAGGUUUUAAACAGUGACGAUUGUCACAAAAUUUCUCCUAUCAAUCGUGCCCAAAUCAUUAACGACGCAGUUCAAUUUGCACUCAAGAGACACCUGAACAUGAGUAUCUUUCUGGAUCUCGUAUCAUAUUUACAACGUGAGACUGAAUACGUGUCGUGGUACGAUGCUCAAUUCAUAUUCAGUUUUCUGAACUACCAUCUAUCAAAUACUCAAGCAUACGAGAGUUUGAGAAAUUUCAGCUUGCGUCUAAUAAUUCCUCUCGUCGAUAAAAUCGGUUAUGAAGAUCGGCCAAACGACGAUUUCUCCACGUUAAUGCUGAGAAGAAUCAGCAAUCAUUGGGCAUGUCAUUUCGGAUACAAAAAGUGCUGGAACAACGCCACGGAGCAGCUUGGGGCUUAUUUGAAUACGAAAAAAUCGAAGUUGAAAGGUUCCGUGGAUUUACAAGAAUGGGCUCGCUGUGUUGGCUUGAAUGGAGCUAACGAAACCAUAUGGAACAAGAUGUUGAAGAAAUAUCAAGAGACCUUAUCUGAAUAUUCACUCAUAUAUCUGGCGUGUUCAGAAAAUAUGGUCAUAUUGAAUAAUUUUCUCAACAUGACAACCUUCAACAAGUCGGUAAUACCCGCGAACCAAGUUUUAUCGGUAUUUAAAUCGGUGUGCUUAUACCCGUCAGGAGAUAAUAAGCGAAUCGAUUUAUGCUUAAACUUUAUUAAUCAAGAAUUUGAUAAAAUUCAGUCAAGACUUAACUCAACCGAAACCUUUACGUAUCUGCUCGAUCUGAUGGCAUCGGAAAUAAGACAGAAAACACAGCUAACACAGUUUAAACAUAUACUGGCCGAAGAACGAGCAGCCUUUGCGUCUAAUGCUUUAAGCGCAAGAUUGAAGCAAACUGAGAGUCGUAUACUGGUCUUCGAUCAGAAAGCAAAUUAUUACGAGCCAUACUUGAAGGAAAAAUUAUCACAGUUCUGAUAUAAUUGUAUUUUUGUCGUAAAUAGCGUAUCAAGCCAGUUCGUCACAAUAAUAAAAUGUCUGCGGCUUGCAUUCGUAUUUCAAGGCUGUAUAACAUCUAA